UCGAAUAAUGCAAGGCAGAAGGGCAAUAUCUAUGUUGAAUAGUGUACUGUGGGAUCAAGGAAUCUCUAAAGCUAAUAAGAAGAACAUAUAUAAUACGGUAUUGAAAAGCAGAACAGAGAACAUGCUAUUAGCGACCGAAAUGGAUUACUGGAGGAGAUCUGCUGGAAAAUCGAAAAGAGAACAAAUAACCAACGACAGAGUAAGAGAGAUUAUGGGAGCUGAACACACAAUUGUGGACGAUAUAAGAACAAAACAACUCAUAUGGUUUGGUCACGUUCAGCGAAUGCCUGGUCACAGAAUACCAAAACAAAUUUUACCGUGGACACCUCGAGGCAGAAAUAAAAGAGGAAGGCCGCGACGAAGCUGGAGGGAGGGUGUGGAUAAAGAACUAGAAAAUAGAGAAAUGACUGAUGAUCUUUGGCUAAAUAGAGAAGAGUGGAGGUUAUGUAUCGGAAAACGUCGUAGAACGUUCUGAACCGACUUAUAUAUAUAUAUAUAUAUAUAUAUA